AUGAGCCCAUUUCCCUCAUACCCCUCCCCUUUCCUCCUCCCACUACCCUCGUGCCCCUCCCCCUUUCCUCCUCACUGCCCUCAUGCCCCUCCCUCUUUCCUCCUCCCGCUGCCCUCAUUCUCCUCCCUCUUUCCUCCUCCCGCUGCCCUCAUUCUCCCUCUUUCCUCCUCCCGCUGCCCUCAUUCUCCUCCCUCUUUCCUUAUGCCCCUACCUCUCUCCUCCUCUUACUACCUUCGUGCCCCAGGGCCCAAAAUAUCAGGGCCGUCAAGCACACCACUGCCACGGGUUCCUGGUGCUGCUGCCACGGACCACAUACCACAGGGCGCGACUGCAGCAGGAGGCACACCCGUCACAUCAACUGGAGCUUUCAAGGCCAUGCCUGGGGGGCAUGGGGGGUACGUGGAAGAUGGCAAGGAAGCAAGGGGGGGUGAACCUGUGCCACUCUGCAGUGGGUUCCUCAAUCAAGAGUCUGUGCUGCGUGUUGGGAUGGGAGCUCCCUCUUUACCAGCUCAUGAGUUCUUCCACUCCUCCCUCUGCCCCUCUCCUUCCUCUGCCUCGGCCACUCCCCUUUCUCUCCGCCCCUCACCUUCCUCUCCGCCUCUCUUCAUUUCUGUACACCCCUCUCCCCCACAGGUCCCUGAGCCCCUCCAGGCGCACCUAGCUGCAAGUCUCCCUGCAUCCAUCGCUCUGGACCCUCUCAGCACCACCAGCUACCACCAUCCACAUUAA